AUUGCUAUCUCCAAGAAUCUGAUACACAAAAACACAACAUGCCUGCGCCUCCUCCUAACUACACUCACCACCGCACCAAACUCGUCAGGAUAACAGUUACUGACGCUGAUGCCACCGACUCCUCCAGCGACGAAGCACAAGUGUCAUCCUCCACGCGCCACCACCGACACAGAAAGCUCGUCAACGAGAUUCUUAUCGAGCCCUGUCAAGUGCCUCCCCGGAAGAGAACCAAGAAGUCAUCAGCAAGUACCUCUGCCGCCAAGCCCAAAGCUCCGGCCAUUCGCCGCCAACUCUCCGGCAGGAAGUUCCGGGGGGUGAGGCAGAGGCCAUGGGGGAAAUGGGCGGCGGAGAUAAGAGACCCUUCACGGCGCGUGAGGUUAUGGUUAGGUACCUACGACACCGCGGAGGAAGCUGCCAUGGUGUACGACAACGCGGCCAUUAAACUGCGUGGACCCGACGCGCUCACCAAUUUCAUAACGCCGCCACCAACCACAACGCUGGACAGUAAUAAUAAUAAUGAAAAUAAAACGGCAGCACCAACGGUUUUGGUAAACGGUUACAGUUCCGGUGAUGAGGAGUCUCAAAGCACCAACAACAAUCACAGUCAGAGUCACAAUCUGUUCUCUCCAACUUCGGUACUUCAUCAUCAUCAUCAUCAUAAUCAGUGUUGUUAUUCCUUAUCGGAGGAAGGUGAAUCCACCGUAACGGGCAAAGAGGAUGAAUAUUCGAGCGUGUCGGAGAAUAAUAAGGUCAAAUCUGAGGAAGACGAUUCAUCAUUCCUUCACAUUCCGAGUGAUGUGCUCUUUGAUUUUCAAGUCUCUUCUUCGCCGUUGGUGGUGCCAGAUGUUUUUGAAGAAAGCUUGCUCUUCGCCGAUGAUUGCGGCGGUUUCCUCACUUCUUGUGAGGACUUUGAUUUCAGCUUCAAAAGCUGGCACAGAGAGGAUGACUUCUUCCAAGAUAUAACUGAUUUAUUCCCUUCAGAUCCGCUUCUUGCUCUUUGAUUUUAAUUACUGCCUUCGUUUAAGUUAAUACUACUUAAUUAGUACUUAUAUUAUUACUUAAUAUAGCAUAUUAGCGUGAUUUUGCGUCAUUCUGUUGCCAAAAACUGGCAAAUUUUGUAUCGGCGGGAAAUAACUACUGUAAUCACUAAUCCUUUUUGUCUUUUUUCUUUUUUUUGGUUG